UGCAGCCAGUAGCGCACUGAGCCAGCUGAGGAAUUCAACAGGUACCUAUAAACAUUUCGGAGCUCUCUCUCCCCGCAUGGAUGUACAGAUUGCGUGCCCUUAUGUUGCUUGUUGAAUGGAAUUAAAGGCUCUCUUGUUUCGAAAACUGCAAUUCUGCCAUAAUCUCAAGGAGUUUUUGCAUCUGGAGUAUUGCAAUUGAGAUACUCCGAUCGAUUUGACGGAAUUUAAAGUGGGAUUAACUCUGUCAUGAAGAAGUCCAUUCCUUUCCUGGCCUGGGUUAGAGCAGCAAGCUUGUUCCUGUGCUUGACUCAAACCGUCCUGGCUGUCGUGCUCACCAACUCUACAAAUCUUGAGUACAUCCUCGACAAGUACAGGGACAAAGAUGAGGAAUGGUGGAAGGUCAGGUCCAGAGGGAAGAGGGCAAUCAGCGAAGGAGACAUGCACCUUAUCCUGGACCUUCACAACAAGCUGCGGGGUCAGGUCCACCCUCCAGCAUCCAACAUGGAGUAUAUGGUAUGGGACUAUGAGUUAGAGAGGAGCGCAGAGCACUGGGCACAUACCUGUCGAUGGGAACACGGGCCGAGCCACAUGUUGACACAAAUAGGCCAAAACCUUGGAGCGCAUUGGGGCAGGGACCGUCCACCUACCUAUCAUGUGCAGGCAUGGUACGAUGAGGUGAGGUACUACAGCUAUCCCUACUCCCAGGAAUGUAACCCACACUGCCCAUUCAGAUGUUCAGGACCUGUUUGUACCCACUACACUCAGUUGGUGUGGGCAACUAGCAAUCGUAUUGGUUGUGCCAUAAAUGUGUGUUACAAUAUGAACGUGUGGGGAAUGAUCUGGACUAAAGCAGUCUAUCUGGUUUGCAACUACUCUCCACCAGGCAACUGGUGGGGUCAUGCUCCGUACAAAUAUGGAUCACCCUGUUCUGCAUGUCCAGCUAGCUAUGCUGGAGGCUGCAGGGACAAUCUCUGCUACAAAGAUGGGGGCGUUGAAAGGCGUACAGCACCCGAGCUUGAGGAGACCAAUUACAUUGAACCUGAAACAGAAGCAGUAAGGGACAGGGAGCCGCAGCCCAGGGCCCAGACGCCAGACCCCUCACCCAACGACAACCUGGAGAAAAACCAGGUUGUCAACACAGAGCAGAUGUGUCAACAGGUCGACUGUGAGACGAAACUGAGAGAUCGGUGCAAGGGAACAACCUGUAACAGAUAUGAGUGUCCACCUGGCUGCCUUGACAGCCCUGGAAGAGUUGUUGGGAGUGGACAUUAUGACAUGCAAUCGAGUGUGUGUGGAGCUGGUUUGCAUGCUGGUGUUAUUGACAAUGAUGGAGGAUGGCUGGAUGUGACCAGACUUGGUAGAAAACAACAAUUCAACAAGUCGUACAAGAAUGGUAUUCAAUCCAUAGGGAAAAACAGAAGCGCAAACUCCUUCAAAAUAGAGACGGUUCCUGUCAAGGCAGUAAGAUGUGACACCACUGUUGAACUUUUCUGCCCUUACAAAAAACCUGUGCGACACUGUGCCAGGUUGUAUUGUCCCAGGAACUGUGUGCGUGAGAGUGGAGCACGAGUCAUCGGGACAAAAUACUACUCAGAUAAAUCCAGUAUCUGCCGGGCAGCCAUUCAUGCUGGAGUUAUCCAGAAUGAGGCAGGAGGGUACCUCGAUGUGAUGCCUAUGGAGAAAAGGAAGCAGUACACUGGCAGUUACCAGAACAGCAUCUCCUCAGAGAGCUUAGUUAACCCAUCCGCUGGAAAAGCCUUCAGAGUGUUUGCAGUCAUCUGAAGAACUGCUCUUAAAGGACCAGAGUACCAUCAGACAAGGCCACUUCACAUCCAGCAAGCCCACUCAUUAUCAUCUUACAACCUGUGAUUACAUCAAGCCACAAGUAAAUUCAGCUUUUCACCUUCGGACCCAAAAUAUGUAAGAUAGCUUUACUCAAGGCUUUACAUUAAUUACAUUGGGGCUGCCAUAUAUCUUGCUGACAUGAUUUCAUGAUCUAAUGUGUUUUUAUCACAUUGUAUCAAGUUGGUGUAGCACCAGAUAUAGCACCCUACCAAAUCCAACAAUUUCACAUGUGAAGGUCAAAAUAUAACAUAUUGAAAAUGAAAAUGACAUAAAAGGACCUCAGGCAUAGGUAGACAAAACUGGGGGGAUUCACUCCCUGCCAUCCACCAUCAAUUUUGCCUUCUAAAACACCAACUGUCAUAACUCCUAUUAACUCUGGUUUGGGCUUACAUAUCAUAUAGCAACUAUUCAAGCAGUACAAUACUAAUUGUAUAUAUUUGUACAUAAUAUUGUAAAUAAUACUGAACACCUUUUGAUUAAAUAUUUGCUACGGUUGCCUUUUGUUUAUCAAUAUUUAUAACAUUUUGCCAGCCAGACAAAAAGCAAUACCAGCAUCAAGCAGUAGAUGCUGAAACUGAUUCUGAUUCUGUAUGCUUAACAUAUAUCCGUCACUCAAGCUUUUUUUUAUAUAUAAAGGACAAGCAAUAAUUCUAGUAUAUUCAUUUUUUUUGUAAAUAUUGUGUAUGUAACAUAUUGUUUUAUUUUAUGCUGCAUUUCCCAGCCUUUGUUUAUAGAUUUAUAUGAAUGGAUCCUGGCCGGCCAGGAAUGUGUAUGGAAUAAUCACAAUUAAAACACACACAGAUCAAAUUCAGAUGUUUUUUGUGUAAUUUCUUAUUGUUAUAAAAUCAAUAAACUAUACUCUCCUACUAUAAAAAAAAAAACUAAACCAAAGGCUGGAGUGUGCUCCUCCGUUUACAUGUAUUAUAUAAUACUUGUUUUCAUUUUUAGCGGACAUAUGGUUACAGACAUAUGGUUUGAGUGGCCACCUUUUUUUAAUAUCAGUUCCUUCAGCGUCCGGAUAGCCUGAGGAAUCUGGGCAUUAACAUUUCAACAACAUCUCAAAUUCAGCUGCGGAUCAAACUUUUGAGAGAAAUGUCUUUCUAGAAAGCUGUGGGUGUUUCCAGAAACUGUAGGGAACACAGAGGAAGAGAAAGCUGCUUGUUUCAGGUCCAGGAAGGAGAUCUUAUCUACCAGUUGGGUUUGCAUGCUUUAAGUUAAGUCCAAAAAUGCCAAUUCAAGAAAAACCUUUGCCUGAACCAGUUCACAUCCUGUCAAUUCAAUUUGAGAAUACGUUUUUGAUAAUGCUGUACCCAAAUUCCUAAAA